AACCUUAGAAGAAUAUCAACAACAGCAGGUUCAACAAGCAGUACAACAACAACAGCAGCAACAACAGCAACAGCAGCAGCAGCAACAACAGAAUCCCGGUGCCCCUACAGUCGUAACUACAGAUCCCUCACAACAACCCCCACUCAAGCCAGAUCAUCCGCCUACAUAUAGUCCCCAGCUACAGCCAGUGCCCAAUGGAGGAGCUGCAGUGGAGCAGCAAACAGUAAGUCAAACAGAACUGGAGGGUGGUGAAGUCCAGAUGCCCCCAGGGGUCACAAUCAAUCCAAAUGUACAGAUGCCAGCCAAACCAGAGACCCCAGGCCCAAAGAGACUACAUGUAUCAAAUAUUCCAUUUAGGUUCAGAGAGGCAGAUCUAAGGCAAUUAUUAGGACAGUUUGGAACUAUAUUGGAUGUUGAAAUUAUAUUCAACGAAAGGGGAUCCAAGGGAUUCGGUUUUGUAACUUUCCAAAAUAGCGCUGAAGCCGAGAGAGCACGUGAAAAACUGAACGGAACUGUGGUUGAGGGGAGAAAGAUCGAGGUUAAUAAUGCCACAGCUAGGGUUAUGACCAAGAAAGCAGUUGUGCCAUCCCCCCAGGUUGGGGUUGGUGUUGGGGUCAUACCAAAUGGAGACUACUUACAAUCAGCAGCUUUAAGAGGGGUAGCAUUGACCAGAGGGAGAGCACGAGGUGCUGCUAUGUUAGCCACUCCUGCAGCUCAGAUACGGCCAACUCUUGCCACAGCCACAGGCUUGCCAUAUGCCACGAUGGGUCUCAGUGGUCUUCCAGAUGCACUGAUACAACAGUACAGAACUGGUGGUGUGUAUCCGGGCACAGAUCCAUUUUUAGCAGCGUAUGCUGACCGUUACCAAAUGCAAGUGACUACACCCACCCUGCCUUAUGCCGCCGGAUAUGCUACGGCCACCCGUUACGCAGCUAUUCCCACGGUGGCUAAUGCUGCCACUUACGCGGCCGCAGCAACUGCAGGGUAUGUGAAAAAUCAAACUGACACGUCCAGAAUGGCUGUUGGGUUACAAAGUGCGUAUGGCCGUGAUCCAGUCACUGCAGCAUACACUUCAGAUCCCUACAUAGGACACAGUAUAGGCCCUGUAGCUGGUUAUGGGGUAAAGGCUGCCGUGUAUCGAGGAGCGUACCAACGGUUUACGCCCUAUUAGCCCCCUUCCCAGUCAGCGAGAAACAUCACAUGCAGAGAAAGUGGGAGUGAAUUACCAUCAAUAAUGUGAAGACAAUAUGGGAGAUCCAAAUAUUCAGAUCUUCCCAAAAAUCUCACAUCAGGAACAAUCAGAAAUACUCACCAAAGUUAACUUCAGUUCAUUAUCUCUAUGUGUGAGUCGUAUAUAUUUCCUGGAUUCGACGGAUGUUUAAUUUCAGGUUUUGUGCCAUGAUGUAUCAACUAUGGUGAUGAUAC